UCCCAUGAUGCACCGCGCCUUCAACGGCUUCAGUCAUUCAAGCGGCUUUGGCUUAGCUCUGGUGUACAGGAGAGCGUCUGUUCUGUUAGGCCAUCUGGGUUCGGGUAACCAGUGUCCUGAACCGGACCGGUCCCUGAACGGGGGUCUUUACUCUGUCGUUUCGAGCUGAACUUCCCCGUCCAUGCUUCAGGAAUCACCGGCCGUUGACGGGAAGCGAGCGUUUGGGCGGCAGAAGUGGUGCUGUCAGCGAUAGAACAGCAGAAAGCGUUAAAUACACAGACAUAACCCGACCGGAAAGAGAACGGUGGGAAUUUAAGAAUACUUUAAAAGCAAUUUGAUGGAUUUAGAGACCGGGAGAAACGAACUGGGAGCCAUGGGAGAGUCGCUGCAGCCGCAGACCCCCAGUCGCCACGAGAAAAGUCUGGGACUGCUCACGACUAAAUUUGUGACUCUGCUGCAGGAAGCGAAGGACGGAGUGCUGGAUCUCAAAGCUGCUGCAGAUACUUUGGCUGUAAGGCAGAAACGGCGCAUCUAUGAUAUCACCAAUGUUUUGGAAGGCAUCGGACUCAUCGAGAAGAAAUCCAAGAACAGCAUCCAGUGGAAGGGGGUUGGCCCGGGUUGCAACACGCGUGAAAUUGCAGACAAGCUGAUAGACCUCAAGUUGGAAUUGGAGGAUCUUGACAGGAGGGAACAUGAACUGGACCAGCAGAGAGUUUGGGUUCAGCAGAGCAUCAAGAACGUGACAGACGACUCGCUAAAUAGCCCUCUGGCAUUUGUAACGCAUCAAGACCUCUGCAACUGCUUCAAAGGUGACACUCUUCUAGCAAUCAAAGCUCCUUCAGGAACACAGCUGGAGGUUCCUGUGCCUGAAUCUCAUGUUAAUGGACAAAAGAAGUACCAGAUUCACCUGAAGAGCUCUGCAGGCCCCAUCGAGGUCCUGCUGGUGAAUAAGGACCCCUCUAGUUCUUCUCCAGUGGUGCUGCCCGUGCCCCCACCUGACGACAUGCUUCAGAGCCUGUCCAUCCCAUCUUCAACUACCUCUGCUGCUGCUGCCGCCCCAACCAAAGCAGCAGCCAACAGUACGCCAUCCUCCACCUCCACCGGCCAGAGUCCCAGCUCCAUCACCACUGCCGUCACCACCGUCCCUCCAAAAACAACCACUGCCUCUGCUGCUGGGGCAGCUACAGACAUUUCAAGCACCUCCACUUCAGAUGCAACAGCCAAUGCGUCGUCAACAGACACGCAGCAGCUUCAGUCUUCUGCGUCAUUGGACAGCAGCUCUUCACUUCCUGAUUCCUCAACCAUUUUUGAACCAAUCAAAACAGACCCUUCAGAUUUGCUGGAUCUCCCCAAAGAACUCGCCGAAAUGUUUGACCCUAAAGAAAUGAUGAGUACAGAUUUGCUUGAGGAGCUGAUGUCAUCAGAAGUUUUCUCUCCGCUCCUCCGUCUGUCCCCACCUCCGGGUGACCAUGACUACAUCUAUAACCUGGAUGAGACGGAGGGCCUUUGUGACCUCUUUGACGUUCCCAUUGCCAACCUUUGACCUCCAAACACACCGUACAAUGAGAGUAGUGUACUUAAAAGGACUUUCUUUUUUAUGAACCUUUUUGAAAGGAGAAAAAAAAAGAAAGUGUGGCUCUGUGUCAGAUCCAUAUGUAUGAUAAGCUGAUUCUGUGUAUAUAACGCUUUUUUUAUACAUGUAUAUUUACGACUUCCCUUGCUAAAUUCAACUAAUGAAUCUGAUGAUGACAUCAGAUAAUCCAUACCAACCAUUUGUGUUCAUAAGUCCCAAACAAAUUGUUUUUAAUACUUUUAUAUUGACAUCGAGGGAAUCCCAUGACUAAAUUCACCAGCAGAGGUUAAUGGUUCUUAUUAAAUGGUCUUCCUCUUCUAAAGUAGCACCUUCCCCUCCCUCUCGUUCAGCGUAUUUACUGAUCUGGACACAACUAUUAUAUAGAUUGAUAAUGAAACAGUGUAUUACUUGUGUGAUUAUGCUUUUUAAGAAAGCAUGCCUCUGCAUACAUUUUGAAGCGAUUCUGCCAGUAUGUAUCGUGCAGCUCUCAAUAAAACAGUGCAGAAGUAAUUAGAAACUCAUAACGUAGUGGGGAAGAUUGCAUUGCAGUAUAGCGUGUAAAGUGUGGAAUUGAUACAGCUUGGUGCUACAUGGUGAAAUCUAUUUAUCAUAGCGUCAAAUCUCAGAAAAGUGGAAGGAACAUACUUUAAGUGUUGGAUGAACAAUUCCUGCUUUGUCUGUUCCAGCUGUGCUUUGUUAAUACUAGGUGUCUCACUCGCAAAAUGACGAAAGAUCAUUUUCAUCACCGAAUUAAACGAAAUUGAAAGGUAAUUGCAACUUAUUGAUUCAGAGGGGAAAAAAAUUAAAUGGAAUCAAAAAAUCAGAAGUUGCAAUUAUCUUUUUCUGUUUGAAACUUUAAAAAAAACCUCACAGAAUUCUGAGAGAACAGUUUGAAUUGACUGAAUAUGAUUUCAGUCCAUAAAGUGCAUCUGUCCUUAUCCCAUUUAUAUAUAUGUAUAGAUACUUUUGAAAAUAAAUGAUGUCUUCAUUAUGUCUGUAUAUGAGAAACUGUCUAAAGAAGGAUGUGUGUUUGGGGGGCGGAGGAAGUAAAGUCACAAUAUGAAAAGAAAUGGAGCAUCAAUGUGCUGUGUAUUGAACGCUGUCCAAACAGAAUGUCAUUAUAUGUGGGCUACUGUGUCUGGACUGAUGGUUGGCCCCACUAAAAUAGUUUCUUGUUUUCCUAAUGUUCCUAUCAGCUAAAUACUAUUUUUAUGCUUGUACACCGUAAGCAUUUGCCAUUUAUUUUUGUACUCAAUAGAUCGCCAACUGCUCUGGUUUUCAUUAGAUCCUCUGUCUAGCUUAUCUUCACAUUGCACUUUAAAACAGUUGAUCACGCAGGUAACUUCCAGCCCUAUGCAUUGAUUGGGUUGGCUGAGUCAGUUUUACAGUAUCCAGGGAAUUCAAGCAGUUUUCAUAACUUCACAGUGUCAUUGCAAAAUACCAGAAUUGUUGUUCUUUAUCAUCCCCAUGAAAUAAAGAAUGUUUUUGUAUUUGU